ACUCAGCAACGCUGGAACCCAUUUGGGGGGGCCUGGGGCCCCUUGUCCCAAGCCAGGAGGGCUUCGGGGGAGGGGUGUGGCCCCUGGCAGACUGGCAGUGUGGCCCAGGGGGCUGGCGGGUGCCAGGGAGGUGGGGGUGAAUCUCGAAGCGGGAGGCACAAGUGCGGUUCUCUUUCCCCUGCUGGGAGGGCCUCGGAGCCGGUGGUGGGCCGGAAGGCUUCGAAGGCAGAGCCUGUGGGGCAGGGGUGGCGGCCGUGCUGCGGCCGGUGGCAGGGGCACCAUGGCCACCAUCCAGUCCGAGACCGACUGCUAUGACAUCAUUGAGGUGCUGGGCAAGGGCACCUUCGGGGAGGUGGCCAAGGGCUGGCGGCGAAGCACGGGCGAGAUGGUGGCCAUCAAGAUCCUCAAGAACGAUGCCUACCGCAACCGCAUCAUCAAGAAUGAGCUGAAGCUGCUGCGCUGCAUGAGGGGUCUGGACCCAGAGGAGGCCCACGUCAUCCGCUUCCUCGAGUUCUUCCAUGACGCCCUCAAGUUCUACCUGGUCUUCGAGCUGCUGGAGCAAAACCUUUUCGAAUUCCAGAAGGAGAACAACUUUGCACCCCUCCCUGCCCGCCACAUCCGCACGGUCACCCUGCAGGUGCUCAGAGCCCUGGCCCGGCUCAAGGAGCUGGCGAUCAUCCAUGCUGAUCUCAAGCCCGAGAACAUCAUGCUGGUGGACCAGACCCGCUGCCCCUUCAGGGUCAAGGUGAUUGACUUUGGCUCAGCCAGCAUUUUCAGCGAGGUGCGCUAUGUCAAGGAGCCAUACAUUCAGUCGCGCUUCUACCGGGCCCCCGAGAUUCUGCUGGGGCUGCCCUUCUGCGAGAAGGUGGAUGUGUGGUCACUGGGCUGUGUCAUGGCCGAGCUGCACCUGGGCUGGCCCCUUUACCCGGGCAACAACGAGUACGACCAGGUGCGCUACAUCUGUGAGACGCAGGGCUUGCCCAAGCCCCACCUGCUGCACGCCGCCCGCAAGGCCCACCACUUCUUCAAGCGCAACCCCCACCCCGAUGCCGGCAACCCUUGGCAGCUCAAGUCCUCGGCCGACUACCUGGCUGAGACCAAGGUGCGCCCCCUGGAGCGCCGCAAGUACAUGCUCAAGUCACUGGACCAGAUUGAGACGGUGAACGGUGGCGGGGCGGCCAGUCGGCUGCCCUUCGCGGACCGCGAGGCGCUGGCGGAGCACGCCGACCUCAAGAGCAUGGUCGAGCUGAUCAAGCGCAUGCUGACGUGGGAGUCGCAUGAGCGCAUCAGCCCCAGCGCUGCCCUGUGCCACCCCUUCGUGUCCAUGCAGCAGCUGCGCAGCGCCCACGAGACUACCCGCUAUUACCAGCUCUCGCUUCGUGGCUGCCGCCUCUCGCUGCAGGUGGAGGGCAAGCUGCCCACGCCGGUGGCAGCUGCGGCGGAAGACGGGCCCCCCUACUACCGUCUGGCUGAGGAGGAGGAGGCCGUGGGCAUGGGCGGUGUGGUGGGCAGCGGGCCCUUCUUCUGCGAGGAGAAGGCGCCGGGCAUGCAAAGGGCCAUUGACCAGCUGGACGACCUGAGUCUGCAGGAGGUGGGGCGGGGGCUGUGGGGUGAGAGCCGAGCCGACGUGGUGCCUGACAUGCUGGCCCCCCUCAAAGCCGCUGCCGCGGGCCGCCGCAUGCCCGACUCAGGCCCCGAGCCCAUCCUGGCUUUCUAUGGCAGCCGCCUGGCAGGCCGCCACAAGGCCCGCAAGCCACCCGCGGGCUCCAAGUCUGACUCCAACUUCAGCAACCUCAUCCGGCUGAGCCAGGCCUCCCCUGAGGAUGAUGGACCGUGCCGGGGCAGCGGCUGGGCAGAAGGAGAGCGCCGCGGGGCCUCCGCAGAGCCACCCACCCUCCCGCAGCGGGAUGGGGAUGGACCAGACAUGAAGGAUAUGACCAUGGAUGCUGAUAGGCCGGGCUCUGAGCUCUUCGACCCCAGCAGCUGCCCUGGGGAAUGGCUGAGUGAGCCAGACUGGACCCUGGAGGGUGUCAGGGGGCCAUGUGCUCAGGGGCUCCCACCCCGGCACGCUCACCCGCACGGUCUGCCCCGGGCCACCAGCUUUCUGCAGCACGUCGGUGGGCACCACUGAUGGUGACCCCACCCCUGCCCAUCACUAGGGGCUGCGCUAGCUGGGCUGGUAUCCCUUCCUCAGAAGCCAUUUCCUGAACCCACGUAUUAUUCUUACAGAAAGAUAGUUAUCCAGCAAUUUCCCAUUACCCUUUCCCAUGGUGCAUGCCAGCACACAACCCCCUGAAUGCAGGAGGGCCUUGGGGUCUGGCCUGUGGGCCCCCUCCCUGGGGGGGGGGCAAAGGGACACAGGAAGGGGGCUGCCCCCACUGGCCCUGAGCAUGCCCUCGGCCCUGCUGCCUCUGCCUAUUUCAAUAAAGAACUGUCGAGCA